CGACAUAGCGAGUACUAGAAACAACGUACGCAUCAAAUCAGUUCCACUCAGUCGAGUGUGACACUUAAAAGCAAGAAACAAAUGCCCAAAAUUCCAUCAUCAACAUUCAUCAAAACCUUAAAACCUAUUACUACUAAUUUCAUCUUCUUCUAUAAUAAACCACCCAUAAUUUUUAAUUCCCCCGCGUUUUCCGGAGUCAGGGCUGCAUCAAACAUGUCUAACAGUCACGCCGCUCACUUCACCCUGUCUCCCACCAGCACGCUCAAGAUUCAGAAAGGGGAUAUCACUCGUUGGUUCGUCAAUGGCUCCUCAGAUGCUAUUGUUAAUCCAGCAAAUGAGCGUAUGCUUGGCGGUGGUGGUGCUGAUGGAGCGAUACACCGAGCUGCUGGCCCAGAGCUGCGAACAGCAUGUUAUGAUGUUCCUGAAGUUCGCCCUGGAGUGCGUUGCCCCACUGGAGAAGCUAGAAUAACCCCAGGGUUUAAAUUGCCUGCAUCCCAUGUGAUCCACACUGUUGGUCCUGUUUAUGAUGCUGAUAGCAAUGUUGCAGUCUUCUUGAGUAAUGCUUACAGGAACAGUCUGCGUGUGGCAAAAGAGCACAAUAUUCAAUAUGUUGCAUUUCCUGCCAUAUCUUGUGGUGUCUUUGGAUAUCCUUUUGAUGAAGCCGCAACUGUGGCCAUAUCUACAAUUAAAGAACAUUGCAGUGACAUCAAAGAGGUCCAUUUUGUGCUGUUUGAGGAUAAUAUCUACAACGUUUGGGUGAAAAAGGCUGAAGAAUUGCUCCAAAAGUAGCAUUUUUGGUGACACUAGUUAUCUAUUUUUUUAUGAAAUCAUAAUGUUAAUGUGGAUUAUAUAUCCAUAUUUCUAGUGUAUGGUUUCCGUUUCAUGGUUUCAGGUGUUAAUGUAGUUUUCUGAACUUAAAAUCAAUGUGUUGGUAGUAAUGAUGAUUACAAGUAUUGUAGUUAGGUACUACUUUUCAAGAUCAGGGGAUGCUUGUUAUUUUCUGAGCUGAUAGUGAUAUGUGCACGAAACUUAUUUUCCAUACACAAGGUUACAUGCGU